AUGUUUUCACCUGUAUAUCUCGUCUCUAUCAUUCUUGCCACAGCCUUGAAUGUCGCCGCCUCGCCCACUCACGUCGUCCGCGACUCACUGGUUACUCUCCCUUUUGCGAAGGUUGUCAAUGUCACCUCCCCGGCCCAUCUGAUUAAACACGGUCAAGCUCGUGCGAGACUACUUCGUGACAAGGCUCGGGCUAAGCAGCAGGGACUGAGCUCAGAUGCUGUUGUGAGCGCACCUGCAGAGAACGAGGCUGUUUCAUAUGUCGCCAACGUCGCGGUGGGAAGUCCUGCCACAACCUACCAGCUCAUUGUGGACACCGGCUCUUCGAACACAUGGGUUGGUGCGGGAAAAGCUUUCGUUAGGACAGGGACAAGCACCCCGACUAUCAAUGCUGUGUCUGUGACAUACGGGAGUGGCUCUUUCUUCGGGCAAGAGUUUACCGACCAAGUAAGCCUAGGGCCUGGGUUGACCGUCACCGAACAGUCCAUAGGAGUAGCGGAGGAGUCCACAGGUUUUGACGGGGUGGAUGGUAUUAUAGGAAUUGGUCCUGUUGACCUUACCGAAGGUACCCUCAUACCAAGUUUCUUCUCAACCAUCCCCACCGUGACGGACAACCUGUUCACUCAAGGAGCAAUCUCCGCUCGCGAAGUUGCUGUCUCCUUUGAGCCUACCACAAAUCUAACGAAUGUAAACGGGGAACUCACGUUCGGUGGGACUGACUCAAGCAAGUUCACUGGGGAUAUCACCUUCACGCCAGUCACCACGACUUCUCCUUCGAGCGAGUUCUGGGGAAUAGAUGAGUCCAUCACCUACGGUACUGAUGGUGCCUCUAUCCUCAGUACCACUGCAGGAAUAGUAGGCAAGUUACACAUUGCCGUCGACACCGGCACCACGCUCAUCCUGAUCGCGAGUGAUGCUUUGGCUCUCUAUGAGACUGCGACAGGAGCGGUACCCGAUAGCACGACAGGUCUCCUCCGGCUCACGACUGCUCAGUUCGCAAACCUCCAACCGCUGAACUUCAUCAUCAAUGGCGCGACCUUUACUCUUACUCCUAAUGCCCAGAUCUGGCCUCGUGCUCUCAACAGCGCUAUUGGUGGCACGGCGGACAAUGCUACCUUAGCAGUAUACUUGAUUGUCGGGGACAUCGGCGCAAACAGCGGUUCUGGUAUGGACUUUAUCAAUGGACAAACUUUCCUCGAGAGGUUCUACAGUGUCUUCGAUACCACUAACCAGCGCGUCGGGAUUGCGGCCACUCCGUUCACGACCUCCACGGUUAACUGAUCGGGAUGACUUGUGGAUAGUAUUUUUCGGGGAGGAUAUGAUGAUCUGCCACGAUGAGGUUUACCACACGUUCGUUUCAACUCUAACGUUGUGAAGGUAGAACGUGUAUGCACGAAUUUGUCUCAUGUUGCCAAAGAAACUUGAACAGGGGAGCUGAGACCAUCCCAUGGGAUGAAAGAGCCUGACAUGAGUACAGUCGACGGAGAAUCUUG